GGAACAAGCGUACUAUUUUCUCAGCCUAAAACUAAUUGAAAUUCAUGUUACAGCUGAUACCUCAAAAUUUCUUCAAAAGUCUCGGUGAAUUGGAUCGAACUCGAUUUAUGAGUGGGAGGAGUAUUCAACAUUCCAUUGAAGCUGGGAAAGAGCUCAGGGACAUCGCAGGGACACUGAGAGGAUUGCAGAAUGGAUGAGCGCUCACGGACAAGACGAAAGAUCACAAAAGAGCGGGAGUCUGGUGGCAAAACAGCACAUGCUUUUGAGCGAUUAUUGGCAAUUCGCAACAAUAAAUUAAGCAAGGAAAAAUGUUCCGAAGACCGUGCAGAGCAGACGAAGGCUAGUAAUGAUUGCCAGACACAAAAGCAUACGGAUCUAAAUAUCGAGGUCAAGGAGACUUAUUCCGGCGAUUCCUCGCCUAACAGUGAGAGAGACAAUGCAGCCCAAAACGAUUCGCAAACGAAGGUUGAAAGCGAAGAACGCGUGUCCAACCUGGAACAGCUAAGUCGAGCAGUGUUAAAACGGAGCGACAUAAAGAACUUACUGGAUAAACCUAUUUUCGCGGAGGCUGUGAUCGGAUCCUUUGUGCGUCUAAAUGUCGGAAAAAUCUACUGCAUCUACGAAACUAUUGCUCUGCAUCAGGACAGAAAGGACUACCGGGUAGACGGUAAGCGUACGAAUCUGAUCCUGGUCUUGAGGUGCGGUUCCGAAAAGCGUUAUUCACGUAUAGACGUGGUUUCCAAUCAGCCAAUUACACAAAAGGAAUUCUUGUUGUGGUUGGAAACCAAUCUGCGCAAUCGAUGCACUUUGCCAACACUUAAUGACAUCGCCAAAAAACAGGUGCAGGUAAAAAAUGCCUGUAAGUACUCGUACACUGAAACUGAUGUGGAGAAGCUGAUUCAAGCCAAAAGAGAAGCUGGUAUAAAGCAGAACGCCGCUUACAGAAAAAUUAGUCUAAUUAUAGAGCGUGAUAUGGCAGCGGGUAUGAACGACGUGGAAAAAGUGCAAGUGUUGGAGAAGAAAAUCCUAGAGAUCGACGAGGAACCCAGAACCCAGCUCGAAAAAUCUGGCCAGCAUCGGUACCAAGUCCUUAGUUCUACACGCGUGGUUCAUGUGCCUACCAUUUACAGGCACGAGUUGGGUGUGCCUUCCGGCGGCAAAAGGUCCUUUGAUAAGCGAACCGCGAAGCCCGAUCAACAUGAGCUGGAGAAGUAUAUGCGACGAAAAUACAAAAAAAGCGCUGUCGUCAGUCGCAGUCGAUUUAAAGAAACAUUUGAAGAUUGCGGGGAUUCUUCAGCUAUGGUCAACAAAAGUCAUACGGAAAAUCAAAAGAAAGAGGGUGAUGCUGAGACGGAGACGGAGAAAAUGACAGAGGAAGAUCUCAAUUUGCAAAGGUUAAACACUUUUAAUAUUGAAUUAGAUACCACGGGAUUGGUUCCUUUUCAUGAAAUUUUCCCGAAUGUGAAGUUCAAUAGCCCUUGGGACGAGAUAAUGAAAGGCUAGAUUGCACGGGCAGUGCAAUCUAUUGAUGUUUUGUUGACCCGUUCGCUAGUUCUAUCGCUUUCGCGAGCGGCAAUUGGAAGUGCCGACUUAAAAUGUGCUCGACCAGAUAGUGUAUUUUUUAAGUCCAUAUCCCUGUGUAAUGCAAAGCUACCCCCUUGGGGAAUUACUUUAUAAUAAUACGUUUUUGCAAAUCGUUUUCAUGUUUUUGAUAUGAAUAUCGAUGGAAAUUGGAAAUAUAUACCUUAUGGGGUCAAUGUGGUUUAUGGAGUCU